AUGGCCAACUCCACGGCCUCAGCCACGACCGCACGCUGGGCAUCCCUCGCUCCGAGCCGAGUCGACCUGCUCGCGCCGCAAGGGCCAGUUGACGCGCCAGCAGCAGCAGUCACCUCCGGGCUCGUCAUCACGCGUGCUUCCAGGAGCGCUUUGCACGUGUACGACCUCCGCGCCGGGCGGGAAUGGAACGUCGACACGGGCGUCAACGCCCGCGCAUUCACCGCGAGUCGUGAGCACGACCUACUUGCUGUGCUCGAGGUGAGUGUGGACGGCGCGGAUUUGAAGCUGCGCGUCCACCUCCUCAAGCUCGACGGGGGGCCGCGUCCCGAAGCGGCCCUCGAAGCCCGCGUGCCGCUGCCCAAGGGAGAUGACGAGGAGGGGGACACAGUGUACUCCGACAGCUCUGACGACGACGAGGAUGUCAAGGCAGACAACGCCCACGCCGCGGCUCUGGCCGCGGCCAGCGCCGCCGAUGGCCUCGAGUUCAGCCUCCAUCUUGCCGCCGACGCCAUCCAAGCGCACAUCACGCGCUCGAACGGGGAAGUCGGCGUCGCAUCGCCGCUGUGGGACUGGCGUACCGGCGUGCUUAUCACACCAGCGGUCCCAGUAGGCGGCUUCGACCCCGAGGGCGUGUGGCGCGCGACGCCUGCAGCGGUGCAGCCGCUCUCCCCGUCCUCCUUCCUGGCAUCCUUCCAGCCGACUCACGAUGGCACGGUUGACGGGUACCAGGAGACGCGCGACGGCGCCGAGCUCGUCAUUGACGCAGUCGCCGUCGUCACGGCCGGUGCUCCACCACCCCCACGAUCGAUGCAGUGGCUCACCUACCCCGACGCCGUCGUCACCAGACAGCUCCAGGUGACCUACUUUGAUGACCAGCCCGAGUUCCGUCUCGAGCCACACGUGGACGGCGACCUGCUCGUGCUCGAGGGCAACAUGGGCGUGACGCACCACCUCGCCGUGGUGCGGCUGUCCUCGAUCCCCGAGCGUAAGGAGGGUGGCCCCGCAACGCUGGAUGACGUCGAGGUCGCCUGGGUCGCGCUCCCUGGCAGCGACGGACGUGCGGCGGUGCACGGGACGAGGGUGGUCGUGUGCUGCUACGACCUGUACAAGGGGCACACGAUCUACGUUGGGGACUACGGCCCGGACGCAGUGGAUGCGGCGACCGUCAUGCCGUCCACACCGACCCCCCCACCCCUCCUCCCCCAGUUCAAACUCGCCUCCCCGACACCCGGCCUCGUCGCCCUCCCCGACAACGGUGACGACCUCCGCCGCUACCCGCCCCGCUACACCCUCCCAUCCAAGUGGAUCCACUCGGCCAUCGACUGGGGCACCAAAGACGACGUCGACGUCGAGUGGGUCAAGGCCGACGACCAGGCCAUCUACUUAGGAACGACCCUCGGCAUCGUCGUCCUGUCCUUCUAA